UCUUCCUUCUUCAGGAGGACUGACGUGCUGACUGUAACCCCGUGGCUGGCUCCUAUAGUCUGGGAGGGGACCUUUGACCCCGAGGUCAUAGACGAGGCCUUUAUGUCCCAAAACCUCACCAUCGCUACCACUGUGUUCGCCGUAGGGAAAUACACUCGUUUUCUCCGGGACUUCUUAGAGUCAGCCGAGAAGCACUUCAUGGUGGGACUGGACGUGCAUUACUACGUGUUCACCGACCUGCCCGGCGACGUGCCCGACAACGUGACUCUGGGUGUCGGCAGACUGCUCAGCAUUGUGAGGGUGCCGAAGUUCGACCGCUGGCAGGAGAUAUCCCUCCGCCGCAUGGAGCUCAUCCAGACUGCCAUUAAGGAUCACAUCCACCGGGGGGCGAACUACAUAUUCUGCCUGGACGUAGACAUGAGGUUCCACGGCCGUGUGGGGCCCGAAGCUCUGGGGAGACUGGUGGCCGCCAUCCACCCCUGGUUCUACAUGGACCCCCGGAGCCAGUACCCCUACGAGCGGAGGACCAUCUCCACAGCCUACAUACCCUUGGACCAGGGAGACUUCUACUACCAGGCCAACAUAUUCGGAGGAGCGUUAGAGGAUAUUCACCGGCUGACCAAGACGUGCAGGGAGCACCUGGAGGUGGAUAAGUCAAUGGGUGUGGAGGCUGUGUGGCAGGAAGAGAGUCACCUGAAUUGGUACCUGUUGAGGAACAAGCCCACCAAGCUCCUGUCACCGGAGUAUGUUUGGGACGACGCUAAAGGACAGGAUGCCAAGGAGAUAAAACUGGUCCGCUUCUCCUCUGUCAUUAAGAACAAGGCAGAGGUCAGGGAGAACCUCUGAGAGGAGAGAAAGAAUAUUUGUCUUUGACACAAGCUGCAGGGAAGAGCGGAGAAACGUGGAGAGGAUAGAAGGAGGAGAGGAUGGAAGA